GGUACUGAAGAAUGGCACAGAAUAAGAAAAGAUAACCAUAAGGAAGUUGAAAGACGUAGACGUGAAAAUAUCAAUACUGGUAUCAAAGAAUUGGCUAGUUUAUUACCAACUCAAGAUUCAAAUAAAUCUCAAAUUUUACAAAGAGCUAUUGAAUACAUUAAAAGAUUAAAAGAAAAUGAAAACAAUAAUAUUGAAAAAUGGACCCUAGAAAAAUUAUUAACAGAUCAAGCUGUUGCUGAAUUGACUGCUUCUAACGAAAAAUUGAAAGCUGAAUUGGAGAGAGCCUACAGGGAAGUUGAACACUGGAAAAAAGUUAGUGUUGGUAAAAAAUAA